AUGGCUCAGGUCAUGGGAAUGAAAGUGAAGAAGCGAACGAGGUUACCGUGGGAGCGUCAAUUGGACCCAAAAGUCACCAACACCACCAGUCAUGCUGCCACUACCCCUUCAUGCUUGAAGGCUGGCCCGGGCGAGAAGAUCGGUGACUUCCUUCAGAGACUGGAGAAACAUUAUGGAUUCGACCUUCCGGUCCGCAAAGACGAAUCACCAAGCAAGCGACGAUGCUCUCCGAACCACGAAGCCGUCAACUAUGUCCGCUACCUCUUCUACCAAGACCGCGACAGUCUCGAUCGGGCACUCAAUCGGUUCCACAUCGAGUCGCCGUCCAGCAAAGAGGCUCAUGAUCCGAAGCUCACUCGGUUCCUCAGCACUGUCAGCGAUGCCGUCAAGACCUCGAAGGCGAAGGCUACUGUCACACCAAGGUCAUCACAAGUCAAGAAUGCCAGGACUCCGGGACUAUCUAACGAGGCAAGUCUGCCACCAGAGCCGCCAUCACCGAGUCUGGCUGUUAAGCACGCGCCGCCCGUCGCUACUAGUACUGUCGAGUAUCCAAAGCUACCUUCAGCAGCCAGUGGAGAGGCUACUGGAGAACAUGAUCUCAUCAGGCCGCCUUCAGUCGAUAUGAACAAAGCCUUCGGAGACAUUUCAGCAAUCCGUUCAUCAAGCUCACUGUUCAACACUUCUGGCGUAAGAUCAGCUGAUAGAUCCUUCACCUCCAACACUUCCUUCCCUAGCUCAGGGAGCAAGAUAGCGAAUACAUCGUUCGCAACCUCAGGCCCCACCACGGCCAACACUUCCUUUGCCAGCUUUGGCAAUGGCUCUGUGAACAACUCUUUCACUGGGAUAGGCGACAAAUUUGCCAGCAUCACCUUCGAGCCUGAACCGCCGGGAGCACACCGGCGAUUUUCGACCGCAUCCACUAUCAAUAUGGACGGCGCGAAUGACAUUGAAUGUACCCCGCAGACGUAUUAUGGGUCGUCUCCUCCCUACUCCCAGACUGAUUAUCCGAACGUCGAGGCAGCAGAUGAUCACCCACCAGCGACUCAAUAUUCUGGACCCUUAUCCUCACCGGGUGUUGGGUCGCUCCAUGACUUGCACGCCGGUCCGGACUUGCAACAACGCACUCCUCCUACGUCGAACCUUUUUGGUGCACCGAUAGAGCGUGGUGAUGCUUUGGAAACGACCCCAGAGAUGGCCUCACAAGCUUCGGUAUCGCCUGGUGAUCUCUCCAAGUGGGGAGCGAAGAGGAUUGUGGACGAUGACCUACCGCACGUCGGGCUUCCAGCAUCCUUUCAAAGUCUGCCAUGGGCACUGCGGUGGGAAACACUCCGCCUCAUCCAAACCAAACUAAUCUCACCACAAGCUCUUAAGAUCAAGUGGCGCCAUCCACGUACGAGGAAAUCUCUGUACGCCUUGGUCGACCAGAUGAAUAUUUCAUUCCACAAGACUCCGGAGUACGGUCUCUGUGAGUGUUCGUACGCAGCACGGUUGGUGCCAGAUACCAGCAAGGGCAAUGACGUCCCUCACUUCAGUUUGGAGCUCAACGCUCCCAUUCGGCAAAAGCAGAACGGUUUCGAGCGAGAGCUUGGGUGCGAACGUGUCAUCACUGUCGAGUGCCACCCAACGAAGGGAAUGCCGGCUGGGCUUAGCGAAGACGAUGCUAGAGCUGCUGUAGCUGAGAUGAUUACCAAGUCCCACGAGCUCCUUGGUCGUGAUUGGGUCAUGUUCUUCUUGCGAGAGAAGAAGCAAAAGAAGCGUCAGGGCAAGCCUGCCAGACCCGGAACUAUGGAGUUCUACUUCUUCGCAACGAGCGGUGACGAUAUCGACCAUGUCUCGAUCUCGGACUUCCUCCAGCGGCUGAUACCUUUCCGUGAAAACGCCAGUCAACUCAGCGGCAAGCUUUUCUCCCGGCUGGAGCUGUUGGCGUCAAGGACCACCAAAGGCCCAGUGUUUCGCAGGGACCAAAUUGAAGUGCUGGACGAUCGAACUGCUACGGAUGAGCCCGAUGACCUGACCUUUGCCGACCGAUCUCUGGACUUCACUGAAGAGUUCGACAGCACAGCCGUCAUGACCGAUGGUUGUGCUCCGAUCACCGCUUACGCCAUGCGCCUCAUCUGCAACUCAUGCGGCUGGGAGCCUGAUACACCUCUGCCGUCUGCUGUCCAGGGGAGAUUCUUCGGGAGCAAAGGUAUGUGGGUCCUGCAGAAGGACGCCACACUCUUCGACCCUGAUGCACCUGCACCUGCGAAACUUAUCAGUGUCUCUCGCAGCCAACAGAAGGUGGCUCAAAGGUCAGACCAGAAUGAAUUCACGUUCGUUGUUUGCGCAUUCACCCUCAGCCCAAGGACAUCUGUACUGCAUCCUGGUUUCCUACCGAUUAUGCACGAUCGAGGUGUGCCAUCAGAUAUCAUCUGCAAUGCCGCAGCCUUUGCUUUGAGCAGCCUUGUGACUACCUUCCAGGAAGCAUCGCAAGAUCGCGACGAACUUCGCAGUUGGUUGGCAGAAGAAGAGGCUGUGCCGCAUCUUGGUGAACGACAUCUAGGAGUACCAUCUAUCGGAGGGUUUCCUACGAUAAGGAGCGAGAGAAUUGUCAAGAUGCUCGAAUCCGGUUUCCAACCAGAGACAAAUCGCUUUCUUGCCAAUGAGAUGCAUGAACUAUGGAAAGAUCUGUUGAAGCUCAAGGCCAAGAAGUUCAAGAUUCCAUGCAUGCAGUCAACGACACUCACAGGGGUAGCCGACUGGACUGGAACGCUGGCGCCAGGGGAAGUGCAUCUGAAGCUUUCAGGCCUCUCCAUGCCGACCGGUCAGUCUGACCCUAGUUUUGCUGAACUUGGUCGUACGAUCACGGAGUGUCUCGUUGCGCGAAACCCUGCAAGGCGCCCUUCGGAUAUUCAGCGGCUGCGGAUAGUGCAGAAGGCAGAGCUGAGCCACUUGACGAAUGUCAUCGUGUUCUCCACGCGAGGUCGGCAAGCUGAGGCAAGCAAGAUGCAAGGUGGCGAUUAUGACGGCGACACCUUCUACCUCAAUUGGAACCGUGAGAUUGUCAAGCAUUUCCGCAAUGCACCUGCUCCUCGCGAAGCUAAUCGUGGCUCAUCCAAGAACUACUUCCUCGAGAAAGACGAGCGGAAGUUCAGCGACAUUGUCAAGAGCGCAAGAAGGAAAGACUCCGUCAUCAAUGAGACAGAGGUUCGAAAGUGGCUGAAGAGCAAUACCAAAAAGCGGAUGCGGUUUGGCCAUCUUGGUCUGUGCACAAAGUUCCUCGAGAACGUUGUCUACCAUGAAGGCAAGCUUAUAUCCGAGCCCAUCGAGGCACUGAACGACCUCUGCGACUACCUUCUGGACGCGCACAAGCAGUGUCUGAUCUUCACCUCCGAUUCCUGGAGGAUGUUCAUGAAGCAUUGGGACCUCCGGGAGCUGCCAGAUCCGGCGUACUUCGUGUACACGAAAGCAGAGGACGAUGACGACAAGGGCAAAUUCAAGCCCAAGGCUGAGCCGCGAGACGACAGCAUCCUGGACCGCGUCUACUGCGAUCGGCUCCGCAAGGAAGCACUGGCGGCUUUGAAAGUCGUGGAGGCGAUGUUCCCGUACGCUACUUUGCGUGAUAAGGAUCUCGACCAUAUCUUCAAAGAUCGGAGAGAUGCCGCUGCCGAGGGCUCUGCGGUGCGGCGGGAGCUUGACAGCUUGUUCGACCGGGUUGCGGCGGUCAAAGACAUGUGGCUCGCGAAAGUAUCCACUGCCACCAAAGGCGAGGUUCCAGAAGCAACUGGCCUUGUGCGACAGUUCUACGAAGAGAUCCAGCCGCUCAACACAGACAACGAAACGAUUCGAGAAUGGACGGUGGCGCACGGCAACAGCACGACGACGCAGUGGGACUUUUACAAAGCUUCCGCGUUCGCUAUGCAGUGUUAUCAUCACGGAAAAGAGGGUACAACGAAGAUGCAGUUCGUCGUCGCCGGUCACGAAUUAUGCCUGCUGAAGGCCGCUGCCGUGGCCGGGUCUCAGACUCUGACGAGCAGUGCGUACCACGCGAUGAAGCCGAUCAAGCGGAAGGCUUUGGCUGCGCUUCGGGAGAAACGUGCAGUUGCGGUGGAGGAGGAGGACGAGGAGGAUGACGACGACGUCUACCAGACUCUGGGGGACGUGUUUGACAACAUUGACGGCGAUCGAGCCGCCAAAAAGUUCCCGCGUGAUGGAGCGGGAGGGCACAGUCCGCAAUCGACGCGGGUGGCUGGGGGAUUGAAAAGAGCGCAGGGGAUGUGA